CUGCAAAAGAUUGGCCAUACAGAUCCGUACACCUUACAUGCGGAGUAAACACUCCGUCGGCACUGGCAGCCAUCUGUAUUGGUACUCCGUAGCUCCUCAUUUCCCGAGCAGGGGUUGAGGUGCCACCGGAGCUCCGCAAGCUAUUGCGGUACGAUGUUUGGACGGGACCUUAUCGCCAACCCGAAACACCCGUCGGCUAGAUCACGCUCAGAACCUUUGCGGGCAACCAUCCGGAACGGGAGCGAGCUUCCCGUACUCUGCUUGUUUUGACUUCCAUCUCCUCGCAAAGGGCCAUGCUGUGAUUAAGCCUCCAGACUUUCAGCCAUACUCCGGGCACCUCGACCUUCUGCUAGCCAUUUGACAGCGGCCAGAGCGCCGCCCUGGCCUGCGUUUUGGAUUCCACCAUCUUUGGGCUCCCCGCGAUGGGGGACCUCAAAUCCAAGUUGCGAGCUAAGAUUUCGCGACGACAUUCCGGCAUCCCGCCGCUCCCGUCCAACGGAACCGGCAACCAGAAGAGCAACAUCAGCAGCCACAGUGCCGAGUCGGACUCGGCAGCGACCGGCGGCCGUGCCAAAGAUGCAGUGACAGGCCAUGACGACAGCCACAUUCAGCAAUCGACGAGCACACCAGGCGACCAAUUGACAGACAAGCAGAAACAAGACGCGGAGCAGAACCCAUCAGAACCGGUUGCACCCGUCGGCGAUGCGGCCAGCGGGAAACAUGGCGGCCGUGCUCUCCCUGACAACGCCGCUAACAGCGUGCCUGUCCCUGCCUCAGCUACCCCUGGCGAUGGGCACGGCCUGAAUCGCAAUGAUCCUCGCACCCAAAUCGCCGGCAAACUCUCCAGCGACAACCGAAAACGGCCCGACCCAAGCCACUCGUCAUCGUCGUCAACAGUUCAUCCCGCUGCCGCUGCCGCUGACCAGCCCAAGCCUAGAGUCUCCACCGAUGCUGCCCGCAAUGCUCGUCUGAACGAUCGUCCCGUUAGCGCAGGCCUCUCCAGCUCGACCUCUCGACCCGCUGUGCCUGCUCCUCCAUCCUCCGCCCAUCAAGACUUGGUGGAACCGGUGCCAAACGCCCAAUUGCCCCCGUCAAAUCCGCAGAACCGUCCACCCGGCCCGCCGAGAAGGCAAAGCCUGCUACCCGGCCGACAAACUACGCUAAUUCGGACCCUGCUCAACGGCGGGCAGCUUGAUGACCUCGACCAGGGCGUCGCCGAUCAAUUGUUGCCCAUCAGCGCAACCAUGGUGACGCGCAAGCUCUGGGUCAAGCGGCCCGGCGCAUCGGCGACCAUAGUAACCAUCAACGAGGAGGACUUGGUGGACGACGUCCGCGAGCUGAUCCUGCGCAAAUACGCCAAUUCCCUCGGUCGCCAGUUCGAUGCCCCGGACCUGACGCUGCGCAUAGUGCCACGCGAGGGGCAAAGGCAAGAACGGGUUCUGGGACCCGAAGAACCCAUUGCCCGUACGCUAGACGCGUACUUCCCCGGCGGACAGACGGUGGACGAGGCCUUGCUUAUCGACGUACCACAUCGGCGCACUCCACGGGUGUCUCCGAGAAACGGGCCGCCGCACGCUCAGCAUAUCACGUCCGUCAGCUACGAAGACAUCCGACCCCUCGAGGCGAGCACCGAUUACUUUGGACCCGGCGCCAUUGCCCACAUCCCCGUUACGAUUGCUGGCGCUCCAAACGGUCCCACGCACGCCAUAUCCGUCAUCAACACAGGACAUGUACCUCAGAUCCCCUCCCCCGGCGGCACGAGACCACGCCAAUACCGGGAAAGGUCUGAUAGGCCGCGGGUAGCGAGGCAACAUACAUCGUCUCCGACUAUUCUCAACGUGGUCGGCGCUGGGGGCCACCCGGCCACUCUUGCCGUUGCCUCAAGCCAUGAACAAGUGAACGCACAAGCGGCACCACCCGCUCCUCCUCUGCCAACGCCACCGACACAUGAAUCGACGGCUGUAUCUAUCCCCCGAACUGGCACACCACCACCUCGAGCGUCCUCGCCUCGUCCCCCUGCAACGACCCGGCAAAAGAAGAAGAAGCCAGCGGACCCCCCCACGUUGCCGGCCGGAAUGCUCAACGGCGGCGUGCCGCCAAUCAAUGUCUUGAUUGUCGAAGACAACAUCAUCAACCUGCGCCUACUCGAAGCCUUCGUCAAGCGGCUCAAAGUGCGCUGGGAGACUGCUAUGAACGGUCGCGAGGCGGUCAACAAGUGGCGCGGCGGUGGGUUCCAUCUGGUGCUGAUGGAUAUUCAACUGCCCGUCAUGAGCGGACUGGAAGCCACGCGGGAGAUCCGCCGACUGGAGCGCAUGAACUCGAUUGGAGCCUUUUCCACGGCAAACAGCAACGCAGACGACAACAAAGGAGACGAGGCGGACGAGCCGAAGAGCGAGAUAGCCGAGGAGGACAAGCUGGAGAAGAGGGAAAUGUUCAAGAGUCCUGUUAUUAUCGUCGCCCUGACAGCGAGCUCUCUGCAGAGCGACCGGCACGAGGCACUGGCUGCGGGGUGUAAUGACUUCUUGACCAAGCCUGUUACAUAUGUCUGGCUUGAGCGCAAGGUUAUGGAAUGGGGCUGCAUGCAGGCCUUGAUCGACUUUGACGGCUGGCGAAAGUGGAAGUCGUACUCCCAGGAUGGUGUCGCGGAAGAGUCGUCUACGAAGAAGGCCAAGUCUAAGAAGAACCGGGCGGCCGGAGCUCCCAACAGCUCCUCUUCGGAUGGCCAGUGAAGGCGCUGUUCCCAUUGCGCUCCUCCACUCUUGAAAUCAGUGUCUUCCCGGCGAAGAUUGCACAGCAGCUCUUUGUUUUUUGGAAGUUCUUUUACUGACAUAAAAGGGUGUGGGUCAGGGGCUGGAGUUGAUUUGAGUAGUCGAUGAAGCUAUGCUCGAAGGUUAUAAUGGAAGAAACAGAGAAGGGACCUGCAGUCGGGCUGCGGACUGGUGUGCAUAUGGAUUAUGUGGCAGUCGCCCAGCUCAUGAUGAGGAUUAGAGAAAUGGCCUGAUUUGUCGAGCACAGAAGGAGAAAGAGAAGCUACAUCAGAAGGUCGGAGCGAGUAAGGUAUUGGAGUAUUUGGCUUGGGCUUCACAUCCCCGUGUUGUGGAAGCACCUGUUCCUUAACGGUUUGGCUGUGUCAAGGACAUCAGCAAACCUGUUGGUCUGAACGCUAACCUUGC